AAACGAUUUACAUUUACAUAAAAAAAACUACUUGCUUAGGUACGAGUUAAUAAAAUACAUUGUAACUCUUCAAUUCUAAGAGGUGUCUUUAGUGGCGAAGAGUUGAGGCUACCUUGUCGUACGUAAAAAUUACGGCAAUGAACCAAAGAGAAAACCACAACUUCCACGGUAACACCUGGAGUUACACAGUUCCUCACCGCGAAGAACGUGUCUGUUUUGCCUGCUUGACGGAAACUUUGGAAGAUGACGCCAUUAUCAUGGUCAAGAAAAGGCCUGCUUUAGCAGAGGCGCUUCAUUUGAUUCAACUUCAAAAUUUCAUCGAUGAUUUGCAAAGCAAUAUUGAAAUAGCUGUCCAUUUUACAUUUGUACUAAUAGAUUUGAUGGAAAGUUCAGAAUCAUCAUUUGCCUCGAGUGCUGUUGAAGUUUUUCUGAAACUACUCGGCAAAAUGGAUUCUCGAGAUUUAUUGGAGAGUGUCUUAGAUCACAUACAGAAGAAGAUGUUCCAUACAGAGAACCCGAAAGAGUCGCUGCCCCUGAUAGUCCUGUUAGGCAGACUGGUGAAAACCUUCCCUCCCAUGUCAGGGAUCCUUUGUCAAGAGUAUGAGCCUAUACUGCAUGGCCUGAUUAAUGGCCUCAGUCUCCCAGACGAGGACGUCCAGAGUAACACUGUCUACCUGUUCGUCUACCUGUUGGUGGGCCCCUGGGAGGCACUUGUCCCAGUCAGUAUGCAGCAGGCCUUGGCCCAGGAGCUAGUUUGUCUCCUGCACACAGCCAAAACACCCUACCUCCUCAGGAACCUCAUGGCCUUGCUGAAAAACUUGAUCAGCAGUGCAGAAUUGACAAAAAUUUUGAUGACCCUUGACCUGAAUAAUUUGACCCUUCUGACCUCUCUCAAAAAGCUUAUCAUCAGCAAGGACUCUGACCUUCAGAGGUCAGCAUUGUACGUCCUCUCCUGCAUCCUAUCAUGGGACAGAGAAGACUAUUGCAGUGCAGUGAUAAACUCGGACAUCAUCGAGUUCAUGUUUGAAGCUUUGCAUUGUCAAAGCCCAGACCAACUAAAAUUUGUUCUGGAUUGUGUAGAAUCCCUGUGUCAGUUUGAUUUGUUCUACACAAAAUGCCACGCUGUCUAUGGACUAGAAUCUCUAUUGUACGCCUUGGAUAGCCUGCUGGGAAGAAAGAAUUCAGAGCUCUGUAGAACAGCUUUCUCUAUCUUGGCAACUCUUUUGACAAGACAGCCCAGUAAUGUGCCCCUUUUCAUCAACGCCUCUUCUGUGAAUUCCUACCUCCAGCUGAUUGGUCAGGGGGUAAAGCAGCAUCACCCGGAGGUUUUCCUGACCAGCUUACAGUCCCUGUCAGCCAUUAUCAGGAAAUCGUAUCUACUUUUACCCAUUCCAUUUGAAGAGUUGGAGAAAAUACUUAAUUUAAUGAUCAACAAACUCUUAAAAGCAGAAACAUCUUUAAGCUCAGCGAUCUUUAAGGAAAAGGAGGGACAUAAGGGCUUAAUAGAAAACAGACCUUCAGAUCCUGUAGAAAUUGCUGUACUUAUAUAUGGAUCCUGCAUUCAGUUGGUGGAGGAGUGCUGGGAUGACCCUUUGACCUGCACCACCAGCUAUGUGUCCCCAGACUCACAGCCCAAAGAGACCUCAAUACAGCAGUUCAAGGAUUUUAUUGUCAACUCCUUUGUAGUGAAAAUUGUACCGUUAGUCAUGAGAAGUAUUGACAAGGGAGGUAACCGUGUGUUGUGUAGACAGCUUCAGAAGCUGCUGCUGGAACUGUAUGGUACAGACAAUGAGAGGUGCUCCCAGGUCCUGCUACAGCUGACCUCAGAGGGACUCCUCUCUACUGUCAUCAACAGGAGGGCACAUGUUGCUGAGAUGGUAGAGGUAGAGGACCAGUUCUUAUUACAACUUUGUCAUGUUUUACAUGAAGAGGACACCCCAGAGAUCCCAUUCCCUGCCUGGGUGGACAAUGCCAUUCACAAGCUCAAACAUUCUUUGCAAGACUCCAUUCACCUCACCAGUGAAGACACAAGGAAUCUUUAUGUAUUCUUGAUUUACCAUAUGUGUAAAUUAGAUGAUAUACCCCUGACUGGAGAGGAAAUUCUUGAGAUCAUCAAUAAUUGUGUCGGGAGUAUGUAUAAUCCUACCCAGUUUUCUCCCUUGACAAAGAAGCAACUAGUCUUUCUUUGGGCUUUUGCAGUCUCCCUUCUUCAGAACAACGUUGAUAAGAAAAGCCCUGCUGGUGACCUGGUACUGAGGACAGUGUGUGAGGAACCAGCCAAGGAAUGGUACACCCACCACACAGCAUUCCUAUACUGGGUGUUCCUAGACUCUGAAGUCUGUCGCAAAGCUGGACCUCUUGUUAUCGACUGUUGGUUGAGUGGCAUAGCUGAUAGUUACAAGAUGCACCAAGAUGAUUUCAUCGAAGUAUUGGAAGAAAACUAUCAUUUGUUUGAGAUGUUUGCAAAUGCAGAAUUCACAGAGGCUUUCAUGAUGACAUUGCUCUCUGUCUCAAGUGAAGUAACCACCCUGUCCUCUGUUGUUUUAAGAAAUUGUCUGGAGAAGGUAAUGGAAGUGGACUCUUCGGAUGAUUUUAUUUUGUGUGUAAGAGCAAAAGGGAGACAACUCCUGCAAGAUAUAUUUCUCAGAGAAGACAAGACUCUUAAUGAGGAUCACCUACAGAACACACUGCCUAUAUUUCUGAUGGCCUUUAGUGCUCUCCCUGCAUCAACAGAUGGCAGAGAUCUGAAACUUUUCCAUCAUGUUUGUAAAUGGCUGUGUGAGGAUACAGUGGACAGACAUCCAGAACUGACAGAGAUGUGUCUUAGGCUGAUCAUUCUGUUCAUAGAGGCUUCUGAUUCACUCAACAAUAGUGUGUUACCCAUGAUUGCCCAGAAUGUGAGCCUGUUGAGGACCUUUGAAGGACUCCUACACAGAGGGGACAGUGACAGUGUGUCGGGGCUGACCUUUGGCAUCAUCUCCUAUCUGAUGGACUUCACAGCGACACAGGAAAACUUGCACUCCUACGUGACAAUAACAGUUUCACUACAUCCUUUAGAAAAACGCCUAAAAUCAAGCUCUCCCAUCAUGCAACAGUGCUUUCUCCAAGUUCUGGCCGCAUCCUUUAAAUGUAAUUUUGUGAGCACUGUCUUCAGAUUUUCAAAUGUAGGACGAUACAUUCCAGACUUAAGAUGUCCUCUAAUAUCCAGAGAUAUCACUUGUUUGUUUUGUUAUCUUCAACAGUUUCUGGUUCAGGAAUGUCUGAAGACAAAACAAGCCGCACUGUGGUGUCUGCAAGCAUUGAUCACCUAUCUCUCAAAUACUGAUGUCAAAUUAUAUGAGGAAUUGCUCUCUCAUCCAUGGAACACUGCUAUGCUAGAAGUCAUGGUUCAGUUGACAGACGAUAACCCUAUGUCCAUAGCUACAACUUUCGAUAUGCUUCAACUUAUGUUGGACAAUAACACUGGACACUCACUUGUCACAGAAUCUUUGGAGACAAUGCUGAUUGUCUCUAAAUUUCUCAAAGAACUAAAAGAAAAAUCUCUAUCUUCACAUCUUACGGAUCAGUGUUGCAAUCUUGUCAAGAAGUUUCUACAAGUUGUCCCAGUUCAAUGCAAGCAGCAAUUUCAAGCAUCAUUUCAGGUCCAAGAAUGAAUGGACCAACCAAUACUGUGUAUUCUGAUGUAUGAAUCAAUUGAAUAAAAAGAAAUUCUUUAACCAUUUUA